GCAGCGAUAGACCUGUCCACCUCCUCUUCAUUUUUGACAAAGAUAAGACUCCAGAGAAUCACUCAUCACUAUGCCUAAUCCAAGAAUCCAGCUUUCUUGUAGCUUUCUAUGGAAUCAACAAGGGUUUCUUCCAGGAGGCGAUAACGCCAGCCAAGUCUCUGCAACUUCUCUGAACUCAGGAUUUCAUCUUCUGCCUCAUAUUGCUUUUAUUCAUGUUCCAGAUGAGAAGAGAUCAAAGCUUGAUGGAAAAAGUGAGAAAUUUGUCUUCAUCGGCUAUGAUUCAAGCUCCAAAGGCUACAAGUUCUACAAUCCAUCCAAUGGGAAGAUUGUAAUCAGUAGAGAUGCUAAGUUUGAUGAAGGAAGCUCAUGGGAUUGGAAUGUCUCUCAAAAUGAAGAAUAUGUUAUCUUUCCUUUGCAAGAAGGAGAAUCCAGACAAGACACACGGCAAGAUGUUGCUACUCCACCUCACUCUCCUCAUGGAUCUCAAUCACUUGAGGAUUGUUCUUCUGAAGGGCCACUUCAGGCAGCAGUAGACAAGAAAUGGAAGCAUGCAAUGGAUGAAGAGAUUAAAGCAAUCCAAAAGAAUGGCACAUGGGAGCUGGUGACUCUUCCUGAAGGGCAGAAGGCAAUUGGCGUGAAGUGGGUGUACAAAGUGAAGAAAAAUGCUCAAGGGAAAGUGGAGAAAUAUAAGGCAAGGCUUGUUGCAAAGGGUUAUAUCCAGGAAUAUGGCAUUGACUAUGAUGAGGUUUUUGCCCCUGUUGCUCGCUUGGAAACCAUUCGGUUGAUCAUCUCCUUGGCAGCUCAAAACAAGUGGAAAUUUAUCAAAUGGACGUUAAGUCCGCUUUCUUGAAUGGCUAUCUUGAAGAGGAAGUGUAUGUUCAACAGCCAUUGGGAUAUGUUGUCAAGGGACAUGAAGACAGAGUCUUGAAAUUGAAGAAGGCGUUGUAUGGCUUGAAGCAAGCGCCAAGGGCAUGGUAUAGCCA